AGACCGGUUCAGAGUUGAAAGCCGUCUGAUUCUGCAUCCUCCUCUUCGUGUUCGCGCUUUCUCUUCUCUCAAGCUCCAACGCGCCGCUGCCAUGGCCGUCGACGGCGUGCCGGCUGUCGCUUCCUGAGUGCCUCCACUGCUUCCGUUUGUGUCCCCCUUUUUCACUUUCCGCCACCUUCCACUACGACGGCAGCAUCAGCGGUUUGCCAAGCUCCUAGCCGACCACCACAACCUUAUAGCACAUCGCUGUCGCGUGCUGCCGCUUCAACCGCCGCGAACAUCGUCGCCAUCCUCAUUCAAUAUCCUCGGUAAAUGUUGCAAGGAUGAGCCAGCCAACGGUGAUUCUUGCCACUGCGAGUUAUGAUCACACCAUUCGUUUCUGGGAGGCCAAGAGUGGCCGCUGUUACCGCACCAUUCAAUAUCCUGAUUCGCAAGUAAACAGGAUGGAGAUAACACCGGAUAAGCGAUACCUGGCUGCAGCUGGUAAUCCUCACAUUCGACUGUUUGAUGUUAAUUCAAAUAGUCCUCAACCGGUGAUGAGCUAUGAUUCGCAUACCAAUAAUGUAAUGGCAGUUGGGUUCCAAUGUGAUGGUAAUUGGAUGUAUUCUGGUUCAGAGGAUGGCACAGUCAAGAUCUGGGAUUUGAGGGCACCGGGUUGUCAAAGGGAAUAUGAAAGCCGUGCAGCUGUAAACACUGUAGUAUUGCACCCAAAUCAGACUGAACUAAUAUCUGGUGAUCAAAAUGGCAAUAUUCGUGUUUGGGAUUUGACAGCAAAUUCAUGCAGUUGUGAAUUGGUGCCAGAGGUGGAUACAGCUGUUCGCUCUUUGACAGUAAUGUGGGAUGGGAGCUUGGUAGUUGCAGCAAAUAAUAAUGGAACUUGUUAUGUGUGGCGCCUCUUGCGAGGAACUCAGACAAUGACAAACUUUGAGCCUCUUCAUAAGCUGCAAGCACACAAGGGCUAUUACAUUCUCAAGUGUCUUUUAUCACCGGAAUUCUCUGAACCUCACAGGUAUUUGGCAACUGCAUCUUCUGAUCAUACUGUUAAAAUAUGGAAUGUUGAAGGUUUUACGUUGGAGAAAACAUUAGUUGGUCAUCAGCGCUGGGUGUGGGAUUGUGUCUUCUCUGUAGAUGGUGCCUACCUUAUAACAGCUUCCUCUGACACAACUGCUAGGCUUUGGAAUAUGUCAAGUGGUGAAGAUAUUAGGGUUUACCAAGGUCAUCAUAAGGCUACUAUUUGGCCUGUGAAUGUUUACUUUUCUCACCUUUAG